UAUACACACAUCUCUCGCAUAUACGCACAUUCUUCGCCAUCACAACCGUACCAAACCCCCAGAUUCACGGCGGAACCACACGGCGGCGCCGGAGCGGCUCACGGCGGCACAUCCGGCAGUCUCUAAUCGGCGGUCUUCUCCGAUCGGUCGAACAAUAACACGAGAAACGAUUCGUUUCGCUAAUUUCAAACCCUAAUUUGAAACCCUAAGUUCAAUUAAAUCAAUAUGCAUUCAAUUAACCGUUAAAUUUUAUCAAUAAUUUCUGUAAGGAGAAAGUUAAUUGUUGGUAUAGAGUUAUAAUGGCGGAAUUAGGGCAAGAAUCGGUGGAAUUUACGACGUUAGUGAGUAGAGCGGUUGAGGAAUCGUACCUUUCGUUGAAGGAAUUGGUGGAGAAAUCGAAAGGUGCUGAUAUGUCUGAUUCGGAGAAGAAGAUUAGUAUAUUGAAGUAUUUGGUGAAGACUCAGCAGAGGAUGCUGAGAUUGAAUGUUCUUGCUCAGUGGUGUCAGCAGGUACCACUAAUACAAUAUUGCCAACAACUUGCAUCAACCCUAUCAAGUCAUGAAACAUGUUUCACUCAAGCUGCAGAUAAUAUGUUUUUCAUGCAUGAGGGACUACAACAAGCUCGUGCUCCAAUUUACGAUGUUCCAUCUGCCAUUGAAGUUCUUCUUACCGGCACUUACCAGCGGUUACCAAAAUGCACAGAAGAUGUAGGCAUUCAAAGCUCAUUAACUGAAAAACAGCAAAAACCGGUGCUGAAGAAACUCGAUACCAUUGUUAGAUCGAAAUUACUCGAAACCACACUUCCCAAAGAGUUCUCCGAGGUUAAAAUCUUUGACGGCACCGUAAAUCUUUGUGUUCCAGGAGAGUUUAACGUAUUGUUAACACUUGGUUAUCGUGGGCACCUAUCAAUGUGGAGAAUAUUGCAUUUGGAGAUACUCGUUGGUGAAAAAAGUGGUCCGGUGAAACUCGAAGAAACUAGACGGUUUGUUCUUGGAGAUGAUUUAGAACGUAGAAUGGCUGCUUCCGAUACUCCUUUCGCAAUUUUGUAUUCCAUUUUACAUGAAUUUUGUGUAGCUCUUAUUAUGGACACUGUGAUAAGACAAGUUCGAGAAAUUAGGGUAGGUAGAUGGAAAGAUGCAAUUCGGUUUGAGCUCAUAUCUGAUGGUAAUUCGGGUCAAAGUCAAAGUAACGCUGCUGGUCCUAUGCAAGUAAGUCAAGAUGGAGAAACAGAUUCGGGUGGUUUACGGACACCUGGAUUAAAGAUUAUUUACUGGUUGGAUUGUGAUAAAAACCCUGGAACAUCAGACUCAGUAUCAUGUCCGUUUAUCAAGAUCGAACCGGGGCCCGAUCUGCAGAUAAAGUGUAUCCACAGCUCAUUUGUCAUCGAUCCUGUAACCAAUAGGGAGGCAGAAUUUUCAGUUGACCAUAGCUGUAUUGAUGUUGAAAAAUUGCUACUAAGAGCUAUUUGCUGUAAUAAGUAUACUCGCCUGCUUGAAAUCUACAAAGAGUUAGGGCGAAAUAGUCAUAUUUAUAGAAGCGGGGGUGAUGUUAUUCUUCACCGCCAAGUUGAUCAACGUGGUGCUGAAUUCAAUAAAGAUGACAAUUUGGAUUCAGAUGGGCAGGAGGAAGUGUUGCGAGUCCGUGCCUUUGGCUCAUCGUUUUUUACACUUGGAAUAAAUAUAAGGACCGGGCGAUAUCUUCUUCAUUCAUCAAGAAAUAUCAUCGCAUCUUCAUCACUAAGAGAAUGUGAGGAAGCAUUAAACCAGGGAAGUAUGACUGCAGCUGAAGCAUUUAUAAGCUUGAGAAGCAAAAGUUUAUUACAUUUAUUUGCAUGUAUCGGGAGGUUUUUAGGCCUUCAGGUGUAUGAACAUGGAUUUUCACCUGUGAAGGUGCCAAAACACGCCUUAAACGGUUCCAACAUGCUUCUUUUGGGAUUUCCUGAUUGUGGGAGCUCGUAUUUCCUGCUGAUGCAACUUGAAGAAGACUUUAGACCUCUUUUUAAGUUGUUAGAAACUCAGCCGGAUCAAUCGGGAAAACCUGACUCAUCUGUUACCCGAGUUAAAAAUGUUGAUAUAAGUCAUAAGCAUAUGCUUGAAGGCGAACCCAAUUUAAGCCUUCUUGAUUAUAACGCCCCGACGUCCUCCGCAAAUAGUUCUUCUGAUCGUAGUCUUCUUUCUGAUUUGGUUGUCGAAAGUUCCGGUCUAUCUGGUUUUUCUUCACUUGUGGAUGAAAUCUUCGAGCAAGAGAGACGAUCCUCUGCUUCUUCCUUUUCUGUCCAGAGUUACAAUCAUGCGUCUGGAGCAAUGAGUUCUCAUAUUGACAAUCCAAAUUGGAACGGUUCGUUGUAUCCUAUGAGUAAUUACAAGGGUUGGGUAGCGUCUGGUUCCACCAGUUCAAUCACUUCUAGAAGCACAACCAUGAAGAAGAUGGCUGCUUCGAAGUCCGAUCAAGAUUUGGCUUCUGGGUCUCCACAUUCUGUUGAAGUUGGUUCUUAUAUCACAGGUGGACCUCGUGUUUCUGCCGCAAGUGCAAGAGGAAAUGCUUUCAGAAACCCUGCUUCAACUUCAGAUUCAACACCAGAUUCCCACAUCACUCAUAUCUCCAGAGAAAAUGGAUCAAGAAAACGAACAUUAUCGGACAUGUUAAACUUACUUCCGUCACUCAAGUCCCAAAACAUACUCGAGCAAACCUCCAAAAGAAGAAAACUCACAAACACAACUUCUACACAAAAUCAGUUGGGCAGUGUAAGCAAUGUUGAAAAAUACAGUUAUGUGAAUCUUAUAGCAGAAGCAAAUAAAGGCGACGCAGCAUCAAGUAUAUACGUGUCUGCUCUUUUACACGUGGUCAGACACUGUUCACUCUGCAUCAAACAUGCUCGGUUGACUAGUCAAAUGGACGCGCUCGACAUUCCAUAUGCAGAAGAAGCAGGCUUAAGAACCCCAUCUUCAAACAUAUGGUUCAAAGUCCCAUUUGCAAGUAACGAUACAUGGGAACAUAUAUGUUUAAGACUCGGGAAACCUGGCAGCAUGUAUUGGGAUGUCAAAAUUAGCGACCAACAUUUCAUUGACUUGUUUGACCUUCAAAAGGGAAGCACUAGCACUCCGUGGGGAUCUAAUGUCAGGAUUGCUAACACAUCUGAUAUAGAUUCUCAUAUUCGUUAUGAUGCAGAUGGGGUUGUUUUGACUUAUAAUUCCGUUGAAGUCGAUAGUGUUAAAAAGAUGGUUGCGGACAUUCAGCGGUUGUUUAAUGCCCGGACAUUUGCUUUAGGAAUGAGGAAAUUACUGAUUGUUAGACCUGAUGAGAAAACAGAAGAAAGUCGGUCCAAUGGUGACAUUAGAUACUCUGAACAAAUGAGGAAGGCGUUUAAAAUCGAGGCUGUUGGAUUAAUGAGUUUGUGGUUUAGUUUUGGUUCGGGAGUUUCAGGGGUUCUUGCUCGUUUUGUUGUUGAAUGGGAAUCGGGUAAAAGUGGCUGCACGAUGCAUGUGUCACCUGACCAACUUUGGCCUCAUACCAAGUUUUUAGAGGAUUUCAUCAACGGGACAGAAGUUUCAUCUCUUUUGGACUGCAUUCGGCUUACCGCGGGACCCUUACACGCUCUUGCUGCUGCAACACGUCCUGCACGGGCUGCUCCAGUUUCCGGGGUUCCUGGUGCUGCUUCAUCUGUCUCAACACUAUCAAAACCAAACGCUUACGGGCAGAUGCCAAAUGGUUCGAACCCGAAUGCUGUUCACGGUCCCGGUUCUGGUGCGAAUCCUGGUGCAUCCGCCAUGUUGACUGCUGCUACUGUGGCUGGGCGAGGUGGCCCAGGAAUCGUUCCUAGUUCACUAUUGCCAAUUGAUGUCUCAUUUGUUCUUCGUGGUCCCUAUUGGAUUCGGAUAAUAUACCGGAAACAUUUUGCGGUUGACAUGAGGUGUUUUGCUGGCGAUCAAGUUUGGUUACAACCUGCAACACCGCCAAAAGGCGGUCCAACAGUUGGAGGGUCAUUACCUUGUCCACAGUUUCGUCCCUUCAUUAUGGAACAUGUUGCUCAGGAGUUGAACGGGUUAGACCCGAAUUUCACCGGUGGUCAAUCUACGGUUGGACCAACUAAUUCCAACAAUUCAGUCGCAUCUUCCAGUCCACAACUCUCGACCGCCAACGGCAACCGAGUCGGCCUUGCGGGUCCUACAAUGUCUCGCCCAGGAAGCCAACCCGUUGGUUUUAACCGUGCUACAAAUGCCAUGUCAGCGUCGCCGAAUUCACCUUUAGUUCGUAGAGCACCUGGUACAGUUGUUCCUGCUCAUGUUAGAGGAGAGCUUAAUACCGCUAUUAUCGGGCUUGGAGAUGAUGGGGGUUAUGGUGGCGGGUGGGUCCCUCUUGUUGCUCUCAAAAAGGUUCUUAGAGGCAUUUUGAAAUAUCUUGGUGUAUUAUGGCUUUUUGCGCAAUUACCGGAACUCUUGAAGGAAAUCCUUGGAUCGAUUCUUAAAGAUAAUGAAGGUGCACUCUUGAAUUUGGAUCAGGAGCAGCCGGCCUUGCGCUUCUUCGUGGGGGGAUACGUAUUUGCGGUUAGUGUUCACAGAGUUCAACUUCUUCUCCAGGUUCUUAGCGUAAAACGAUUUCAUAACGCACAGCAACAGCAGAACACCUCGGUAACCGGUCAAGACGAAUUAAGUCAAACUGAAAUAAGUGAAAUAUGCGACUACUUCAGCCGCCGUGUUGCAUCUGAACCGUACGAUGCAUCCCGUGUUGCAUCGUUCAUCACUCUUCUCACAUUACCAAUUUCCGUUUUGCGAGAAUUCUUGAAACUAAUAGCAUGGAAAAAAGGUUUAGCUCAGGCCCAAGGCAGUGAUAUUCCACCGGCACAAAGAUCACGAAUCGAGUUAUGCCUUGAAAAUCACACGGGAUUAGUUACAGACGGAAGUUUGGAAAACUCAUCAGCUUCAAAAAGUAAUAUUCACUAUGACCGCCCUCAUAAUGCUGUUGACUUUGGGUUGACCGUCGUUCUUGACCCCGCACACAUACCUCACAUUAACGCUGCCGGUGGUGCUGCGUGGUUGCCGUACUGUGUUUCCGUGAGGUUGAAGUAUUCGUUUGGUGAAAACCCUAAUGUGUGUUUUCUUGGAAUGGAAGGCAGCCACGGUGGGAUGUCGUGCUGGCUUCGGGUUGAAGACUGGGAGCUUUGUAAACAGAGAGUGAUUCGGACAGUGGACGGGUCUUCGGGUGGAGAUUUGAAUCAAGGGAGAUUGAGAACGGUGGCGGAUAAUGUGCAGAAGACGCUACACAAUUGUCUUCAAGGGUUGCGUACUGGCGGAGGCGGUGUUGCCGGAGCCAACUCGACUUGACUUGACUUGUGGUUAUUUAUAGUUGGUGGUAUUUGUUUUGGGGAUCAUUAUAUGUAGUAUUUUUAGGUUAAAGUUUUCCCUUUGUACAGAUCAGGAAGUGUUAUUUUGUGUUCUUAUAAACAUUGUCUUCAUCUUCUGAACAAUAACAAAUAGUGGUUUCAGUGCAUUAUUUCAA